UUUGGCCUGUAAAUCCAGACGCGACGCUAUUCUAUUUAUUUGGUGCAGAAAGAAAGUACAUUUGGCUCAUGAUAAUAACCAGCCCAGAGAUGCCAAUUCAAUCUGUAAACAUGUUGGAGUUCUGGAGUUUGGGAAUUUACUGUGAUAUGUCGCACUUGAAUGACAUCACGGUCAACUGAACUUCAUUCGUAUGGAGGGACGCACUAGAGUGGUGAUCUUUUGAAUGAUAUAUCGGCCUGUCGUGUGUAUUAUAGAUUCAUUGGAUUUUAUUUCGUUGCCUUAUUUCAGCCACAUUAUAGUGCAGAGAGCUAUAGGAAACAUUGAGUCUCACACUGCAACGUGAAAAGGCCUCAUACUUUUUUUGUGGAUUUGCAAUGGCAUGCAGGACAAAAAUAUUACAUCAAUAUGACAAUUUUGAGUGUAUUGCUUUUUUGUAAAAUAGGUUCUUGCAUUUAACGUUGGUUUCUUGUUCAGCAAUGUUUUUUGUUUUGUUUUUUUAAUGCCACCGAGUCUGUGUAUAUAAGUAUGUGGUUAUUUUCUUAUUUGCUUUAAACCGUUUGCUGUUGGGUUAUAGUGGGUCUUUUAUACAUGCGUUGAAAUAUGUAUUAUCCAAAAUGAAGCAUCUAUAUAUUCAGCAUGUAUUUUGUGCAUGUUUAAAAUAGCAUUUUUGUCAUACAUCACGUUAGGAAGUGCGUGGACCUCUGUGUGCCCCCCCCCCCCCACCCCCACUAUUAUUUAAGUUGCUCAUCCCUGCAUUAGAAUGUACAGCAGCUACAGCGUUGCCAGUCCGAUUUUACACUAGCAGGAUGUUCCCCUUUACGCGUAUUACCUAGAAGUGCAGUUUCCCUGGCGACAAGUCGCGCGCCUUGGAGGAGAUCAUGUGGCUGCAAGUAAUAUACGUAAGAGUUUUGUUCUUUCUGUAUUUCGUCCACCAACCGGAGAUGUUGGAACGGAGCUCCAUGAACUACACUUCGGAGAACCUCACCAACACUUUGUUCACGUCCAAGUUGAGCGCCGCUGCUGACAUAUGCGUGGGACUUGCCAUCCUCUCAGUGGCGUCGACCCAAUAGCAGUUGUGGCAACCCCUGAAGUGGACUGCAAUUGGCUGGUGAUCAAUCCAGGGCACAUCAAUCAAGCCAUGGACAGAUGGGCGAUAUGUUCUUCUUAAAAGAAAUAUAUAUAAUAAUAAUAAUUAUAAGUGAAAUGUAAUCUGUUUCUGAUUGCCCCAGUGUUGCUAUCAGCGAUGGGUAACGGCAUAGUUCUGGUGAUCUGCUACCGCCGCCGCAAGAAGAUGGUGGGCUCCGAGCUUCUGUGCGUCAACCUGGCCGUGGUGGACUUCCUGAGCUGCAUUUGCUUCUACCCGCUCUCCAUCCUGUCGUCCUUCCACCACGCGUGGCUGGGGAAAUCUCUCACGUGCAUCUACUACGGCCUUGGCUGCUAUAUCUUUGGCCUGUGCAGCAUGUUCACCAUCGCCGCCAUCAGCUUCAUCCGCUGUGUUAAAACGUGCUACAGCUUGGUUUAUGCCGCAUGGCUGGAGACCGCCAACAUCAGGCUGGUGUGCUGCGUCAUUUGGCUGGUGGCGACAGUGUGGUCCAGCUUCCCUCUCUUCGGCUGGGGCGAGUACGUCCCCGAGCCCUACGGACUGUCCUGCACCAUCGCCUGGCGAGGCUACCACACCUCGGCCAAGGACGCCUUCUACGUCAUCUGCUCCUUCGUGUGCUUUACGCUGCUUCCCGUCUUGAUCAUCGUGAUGUCCCAUUGCCAGAUCCUCUACAAGGUGUCCCGCUUCUCCUAUUCUCUGUCGGCGCAAGGCAUCCAAAAUAACCUGCGGCGUGCUGAGAAACGACUCUCCAUGAUGUUUUUCUGCAUAAGUCUCGGCUUUGUCAUCGCCUGGGCGCCGUAUGCCAUUGUGUCCUUCCUCUUCAUAUUCCACAAGGAGAACCACUACAUGGCUCCCGAGGGCUUUGUUUUCCCCACCCUCUUUGCCAAAAGUUCCCACAUCUAUAACCCGUUUAUUUACUUCUACUUCAACAAGACCUUCCAGAAGGAGCUCAGGUCCCUGCUGGCCUCUUUCUUUCCCAAAAUGGGAGCGAAUCGGGUCGGUGUCCAUGCCGCUUCGAGCCACCCGGCUCCCGGCCCCGUCUACAUCCAGCUCCAGGAGAGAGGCCCCAUCCGUAAGGCGUUUGCUUCAUCUCGUGGUCCGACGCGGGGCAAAAGCACAGGCAAAGGCAGUAAAGGCACCAGCGGUAACUACGUCCAGGAAAGACUGGUGCACACCUGCUGGGGGUCCACGUCAAAGAACCCCACCAUUCUCUUUGAAAAAUAAAGCUGAAAACUAUUCUUUGCCUGCCUGUGAGAGCUCCAUCUAGACAAAGCAAAGGCCCCUAAGACGCAAAGACAGCAGUGACAUCACCUUUCAAGUGUAUAGAACCAGUCAGUGAAUUCAUUCGGCGUAAUUGACACCCUUUUUCUCACAUUCCCUUUCAGCGCAAGGUGCGGUGUUACUUCUUUGGGUGAGUCACAGAUGUGUGCACUGGCAGAUUAGGUCCGGGUUACAUGAAUUGAUUAAUUCCUUUCUUUGGAGUUUCAACACAACAAGAGAGACGCACGAUAUUGAUCAUACACACAUUGUAGCCGUCCAUCAUGUUUGCCGCAUACUCAUUCGCAGAUGCAGCAGGGGAACCCGGAUGCCAAGGGGGUAGCAGCCGCCCGCUCAGUUCGUCGGUCUUGGUUUGGUUGGGUGCAUUUGUGAAACUGCAGUGGCACAAGUGAUCUGCCAGGCUGAUCUCAAGAUGCGUGGCUCGCUUUAGGAGGGCCCUGGUGUCGUCCUUAAUGUGGUCCUUUUCACUUGCAGGCACAUUAGACAUUUACAUCAGUCCUACGAUGUUUAAAUGGUUGUGACAUUGUACGACUGUAAGCUGUUGUUGACUGUGUUGUGGAAUUGUCGUCUCCUUGAGGUGUGUGGUUCAAAAAAAA